AUGUGGGAUCUGCGGGACGAGGACCUCGACGAUCCGCUGCACAGCCCAGACCCUGUGCCCGAUGCCAGAAUGGAUCACUCACGCACGCCCUUCUCUGCGCAUGGUUGGCUGAAUGUGUCCGCCAAUGCCGUGGUCGUUCUCGACCUGCUAACACCCUUUGCCGGCUACCCAAUCAUCAUGUACUAUAAAAACCCUAUGCCCGUAACGCCAGGAUACAAUCUUGGAGGAAUUAAUUCGUCGGAGCAUUCCAGAUUUGCCCAACAGGCCAAAGUUGAUCGAUAA